AUGAAGGUGGGAGCAGUUAAUUUUCAUUGCCCUGUCGCCAAACAAGAUGUGCCGGCCUCAAAGACGGAGCAAGACCUGCUAGCCUGGUGUCAGGAAGUGACACGCGGCUAUGCCAACGUCUGCAUCAAUGAUUUCACCACGAGCUUCCGUUCCGGCCUCGCCUUCUGUGCAAUUUUGCAUCACUUCGUUCCGGAUGUGAUGUAA